UAUCUCAUUUACCAAUGACACCCUAAACCUUCCCCGCAAACUAACCGGCCGACCCAAAGAAAGAGAUAGAGAGAGUAACUGAGUAAGCGCCCAAAAAGUCGAUAAACUCCGGCAAAAAAACAUGGACUACGGUGCUUUCUUCGUCGACGAGACGGCUGCCCCUGUUGAAAAUGCUUUUCUAGAAUUCCUCAAAAGCUUUCGUUUGGACCCGAAUUCACGGCAUCCGUAUUAUGUAUCUGAGAUUGAGGUUAUGGAACAAAGUGAAUCAACCACUAUGUUUAUUGAUUUCUCUCAUGUUAUGCGAUUCGACGACACCCUUCAGAAGGCUAUUUCUGAUGAAUAUUUUAGAUUUGAGCCCUAUUUGAAGAAUGCUUGUAAGAGAUUUGUGUUGGAAGGGAGGCCCAAUGUUUUUGCUGAUGAUAACCCUAAUAAAGACAUCAAUAUCGCUUUCUACAACAUUCCUCUUGUUAAACGACUUAGAGAGUUAGCCACUGCUGAAAUAGGCAGAUUAGUAUCGGUGACUGGAGUGGUUACUCGUACGAGUGAGGUCAGGCCUGAGCUUCUCCAUGGUACUUUCAAGUGUUUGGAUUGUGGUACUGUCGUUAAGAAUGUAGAGCAACAAUUUAAGUACACUGAGCCGACAAUAUGUAUAAAUGCAACCUGUGCAAAUAGAACUAGAUGGAUGUUGCUUAGACAGGAAAGCAAAUUUACAGAUUGGCAAAGGGUGAGGAUGCAGGAAACGUCGAAAGAAAUUCCAGCUGGUUCUCUUCCCAGAUCGCUUGAUGUCAUUCUGCGCCAUGAGAUUGUUGAACAGGCUAGAGCUGGUGACACGGUCAUAUUUACUGGAACUCUUGUGGUGAUACCAGACAUAAUGGCGUUGGCAUCUACAGGGGAGAGAGCAGAGUGCCGUAGAGAUGCUUCUUCUCAACGUAAUGCUAGUGGUACUGGAAAUGAAGGAGUAAGGGGUUUAAAAGCAUUGGGAGUUAGAGAUCUCUCCUAUCGGCUUGCGUUCAUUGCUAAUUCUGUUCAGAUUGCUGAUGGUAGAAGAGACGUUGACAUUAGAAAUCGGAAGAAAGAUGCUGAAGACGAGGAGAGCCAGCAGUUCACGGCAGAGGAGCUCAACGAGAUCCAAAGAAUGAGAAACACUUCUGAUUUUUUUAAUAAAUUGGUUGACAGCGUUGCUCCAACUGUAUUUGGUCACCAAGAUAUCAAGCGAGCAAUUCUUCUUAUGUUGUUAAGUGGUGUUCACAAGCAAACCGAGGAAGGCAUCAACUUAAGAGGGGACAUUAAUGUCUGCAUUGUAGGGGAUCCCAGCUGUGCAAAGUCCCAGUUUCUCAAAUAUACUUCUGGUCUUGUCCCUAGAUCAGUUUACACAUCAGGGAAAUCAUCUUCUGCUGCUGGUCUGACUGCUACUGUGGCUAAAGAACCAGAAACUGGAGAGUUCUGUAUUGAGGCUGGAGCAUUGAUGCUUGCUGAUAAUGGUAUCUGCUGUAUUGAUGAGUUUGACAAAAUGGACAUUAGAGACCAGGUUGCUAUUCAUGAAGCCAUGGAGCAGCAGACUAUAAGUAUCACAAAAGCAGGAAUACAGGCUACUCUGAAUGCAAGAACAUCGAUUUUAGCUGCCGCCAAUCCUACUGGGGGCCGUUAUGACAAAACAAAACCAUUGAAGUAUAAUGUGGCUCUACCUCCAGCUAUCCUUUCAAGAUUUGAUCUGGUAUAUGUUAUGAUCGAUGAUCCAGAUGAUCAAACUGAUUACCACAUUGCUAGCCAUAUUGUUAGAGUGCACCAAAGACGUGAGGAUGCAUUGUCACCCACCUUUACUACUGCACAGCUUAAACGCUACAUCGCCUAUGCAAAAACUAAGAAACCGAAGCUAAGUUUUGAAGCAAGGAAAUUGUUAGUUGACUCAUAUGUCACUCUUCGAAGAGGUGAUGCUGCUCCAGGCAGUAGAGUCGCUUACAGAAUGACUGUAAGACAGCUGGAGGCAUUGAUCCGGCUAUCAGAAGCCAUUGCAAGAAGUUACUUGGAAUCAGAGGUACUACCACGCCAUGUCAAGGUUGCAGUUCGACUGCUGAAGACAUCAGUUAUUAGCGUGGAAUCAAGCGAAAUUGACCUGUCCGAGUUUAAUGAUGAAGUUAAUGAUAGUGGAGUAGGUGGUGGGGGAGAUGCUCAGCCUAGUCCUGCAGCAGGUGAACCAGCUUCAGCUAAUACAGGAGAUAAUGGUGGUUCUAAAGCUCAGGAACAGAACUUAGUGGUAACGGAUGAACAUUUUGAUAAAGUGACACAAGCACUUAUCAUGCGGCUUAGGCAGCUUGAAGAGACUGCCGAGCAAGAAGGGAGAGGCCUACUUGGGACAAGACAGAAAGAUCUGAUACAGUGGUAUGUGGCAAAACAAAAUGAGAACAAUAGCUACAGCUCUAUGGAGGAAGCUCGUAAUGAUGUUCGAGUAGUCAGAGCUAUCAUUCAGAAACUGAUUAAAGAAGGGCAUCUAAUUGUCGUGGAUGACGGUAGGCAAGCAGCCGCUGGAGCUGAAGAUGGUGGGGGUCAACCUUCAGUGUCUAAAGAUGACAGAAUUUUGGCCGUUUCUCCUAAUUAUGUUAUAGAGUGAGUUGCUGGUAAUUUGACUGGAUGUAACUUCAACAUUCUCAUCAUUUUUAAGUUUAGGACUUAGGAGGUGUUGACAUACAGCAGUCUGAGCUUUGUAAUGUGAAAUCAUGCAAAGAUAUAAUCAUCUUGACUAACUGUAUAGCAUCACCCAUAUGUAGAGCAAUGUAUAAUUGAGAUUCCUAUGUCUCCUGAGCAAAUUAUGCAAUUUCAGGAGGCUUUUUGGGCUACAACAUUAAUCAGGGUUAGGUGUAUUAUGAGUAUUUUAUUGAGCUUGCCAUAUUUUUUAAUAUAAAAUUAAGGCUCCUUUCUUUCCUGCUAA